ACCCUAGGAUAGCCAGGUGGGCUUUAGAAUUCCAAGGUUAUGAUUUUGAAAUUGUGCAUAGGGCAGGUAGCCGCAUGCAACAUGUUGACGCACUGAGUAGGUGUACAAAUAUUAUGGUAAUACAAACAAACAGUUUCGAAGAUAAUCUAGUUAUAUGUCAAGGGAAAGAUACAAAAUUAAAAGAAAUCAGGCAAUUGUUAGAAAACACAGAAAAUAAAUUGUAUGAGAUGAGAAAUGGUAUAGUUUACAAAAAGACAAAUGAAAAUAGAUUGCUGUUCUACGUUCCGAUAGAAAUGGAAGAACAAGUGUUAUACAAAUAUCACAACGAACUUGGACACGUAGGAAGAGACAAAAUGAUAGAAGCUAUAAUGAAGAACUAUUGGUUUCCAAAUUUAAAACAGAAGUGUAGCACACAUAUCAGCAACUGUUUAAAAUGUAUUUCAUUCAGUCCCAAAACAGGAAAAACAGAAGGAUUUCUACACAACAUACCUAAGGGAAACAAACCUUUUGAAAUAAUCCAUAUUGACCAUUAUGGUCCAGUAGACUUGGCUAGACCGAAGAAACAUAUUCUAGUGAUAGUAGAUGCAUUCACAAAGUUUGUCAGACUAUACGCAACAAAAACUACGAACACAAAAGAAGUCAUACAAUCGUUAAACGACUACUUCAGAGCAUACAGUAGGCCUAAGUGUAUCAUAUCAGAUAGAGGAGCAUGUUUCACGUCUGGCGAUUUUGACUCAUUUUUGAAAGAAUGCAAUGUUAAACACAUAAAAAUUGCAACAGGAUCACCACAGGCCAACGGUCAAGUUGAACGUAUAAACCGAAGUCUUGGUCCAAUGAUUAGCAAGUUAAUUGAACCUGAUCAAGGUCUACACUGGGACUUAGUCUUAGAAAAGGUCGAAUAUACCCUGAACAAUACACAACACCGCAGCAUUAAACAGUAUCCUAGCAUAAUGUUAUUUGGGUUACAACAAAAAGGACAAAUUAUGGAUGAGUUAAAAGAAAAAAUUGAGGAAAUUGGAGAAACGAUUGAAGAAAGAGAUUUAGAAAGUAUUAGAAAUAAAGGCGAGGCAAGUCAGAAAAUAGCACAAGCAUACAAUAAAGAAUAUGUUGACAAAAAACGAAAACGAUCAGGAGUGUUCACAAAAGGCGACUACGUCAUGGUUAAAAAUUUUGACUCAACAACAGGCAUAGCUAAGAAGUUAAUUCCAAAGCAUAAAGGACCCUAUGUCAUAAGCAAAGUUCUCAAAAAUGAUCGCUUCCUUCUGGAAGAUGUUGAUGGAUUUCAAAUUUCUCGCAAUCCUUACCGGGGUGUAUGGAGCAUACAGAAUAUAAAACACUGGCAAAGAAAAAUUAAGAGUCUACAAAAUAGAAAGUAUAAUUUGAGAAACUCUGUACAAAAUAGAAAGUAUAAUUUAAGAAACUCUGUACGAAAUCGAAUGUAUAAUUUAAGAAGCAAUUGUAAAACAAAGAAAACAAACAAGAAGAAAAGAAAACCAAAAAAAUGUUUAAGACCGUUCAAAAGUAUCUCCACUGAGAAGAAUAAAAUAAGAAACAGGACCCUUAGCUUUAAGAAACGUUAAUUGUUAUAAAAUCCUACGAUCGGGAGAUCUAGUUGUCAGGACGGCCGAGUUGUAGUAGGCUGCUCCUUCUACCCUCUUCCGUUACUCUUAGUCAUACAUACCUAAUUAUACAUAGCCAAUCUAGUCAUAAGCUUAUACACUCAUACACCCAUCCUUAACAUACGAAUAUUAUCGAGAAACUUAUCGACUAAUCGACUCGCCACUCUGCAGAGAGCACGGCAGUCAGUCGCUGUUGAACCAAGCUAAAGGACAGAUCAAAAUAAAAGAGUCACGUGAAAUUGUAUUAGAAUA